GCACUGACGGCCCAUGGCGCCGCCCGCCGCCCGCCUCGCCCUGCUCUCCGCCGCGGCGCUCACGCUGGCGGCCCGGCCCGCGCCCAGCCCCGGCCUCGGCCCCGGACCCGAGUGUUUCACAGCCAAUGGUGCGGAUUAUAGGGGAACACAGAACUGGACAGCACUACAAGGCGGGAAGCCAUGUCUGUUUUGGAACGAGACUUUCCAGCAUCCAUACAACACUCUGAAAUACCCCAACGGGGAGGGGGGCCUGGGUGAGCACAACUAUUGCAGAAACCCAGAUGGAGACGUGAGCCCCUGGUGCUAUGUGGCAGAGCACGAGGAUGGUGUCUACUGGAAGUACUGUGAGAUACCUGCUUGCCAGAUGCCUGGAAACCUUGGCUGCUACAAGGAUCAUGGAAACCCACCUCCUCUAACUGGCACCAGUAAAACGUCCAACAAACUCACCAUACAAACUUGCAUCAGUUUUUGUCGGAGUCAGAGGUUCAAGUUUGCUGGGAUGGAGUCAGGCUAUGCUUGCUUCUGUGGAAACAAUCCUGAUUACUGGAAGUACGGCGAGGCAGCCAGUACCGAAUGCAACAGCGUCUGCUUUGGGGAUCACACCCAACCCUGUGGUGGCGAUGGCAGGAUCAUCCUCUUUGAUACUCUGGUCGGCGCCUGCGGCGGGAACUACUCAGCCAUGUCUUCUGUGGUCUAUUCCCCUGACUUCCCCGACACCUAUGCCACGGGGAGGGUCUGCUACUGGACCAUCCGGGUUCCGGGGGCCUCCCGCAUCCACUUCAGCUUCCCCCUAUUUGACAUCAGGGACUCGGCGGACAUGGUGGAGCUUCUGGAUGGCUACACCCACCGUGUCCUAGCCCGCUUCCACGGGAGGAACCGCCCACCUCUGUCCUUCAACGUCUCUCUGGACUUCGUCAUCUUGUAUUUCUUCUCUGAUCGCAUCAAUCAGGCCCAGGGAUUUGCUGUUUUAUACCAAGCCGUCAAGGAGGAACUGCCACAGGAGAGGCCCGCUGUCAACCAGACAGUGGCCGAGGUGAUCACAGAGCAGGCCAACCUCAGUGUCAGCGCUGCCCGGUCCUCCAAAGUCCUCUAUGUCAUCACCACCAGCCCCAGCCACCCACCUCAGACUGUCCCAGGAUGGACAGUCUAUGGUCUGGCAACUCUCCUCAUCCUCACAGUCACAGCCAUUGUAGCAAAGAUACUUCUGCACGUCACAUUCAAAUCCCAUCGUGUUCCUGCUUCAGGGGACCUUAGGGAUUGUCAUCAACCAGGGACUUCGGGGGAAAUCUGGAGCAUUUUUUACAAGCCUUCCACUUCGAUUUCCAUCUUUAAGAAGAAACUCAAGGGUCAGAGUCAACAAGAUGACCGCAAUCCUCUUGUGAGUGACUAAAAACCCUGCUGUGCCUAGGAUUCGAGGGCCCUCUUUGAGCUCAAGGCUGCUGGGGUCAACCCCUCCUGUGGUUCUUCUCUGACAGACUCUUCCCUGCCUCUCCCUCUGCCUUGGCCUCUUCGGGGGCGCCCUCCUACAAACUAGGAAGAGGCACCCUGCUGCCAGGGCAGGCACAGCCUGGAUUCCUCCUGCUUCAUCGGUUGCACUUAGGAGAGAGACUCAAGGCCCUGGGGCCCAGCCCUCUCUGCAUCUCUCUCUCUGAUCUAGCUAGCAGUGGAGGUGUCAGGACAGUGAGGCUGAAAUGACAGAGGUGGUCAUGGCUGGCACCGGGCUCAGGUACAUUCUAGAUGGCUGUCAGGUGGUGGGUAGGUUUAGUUACAUUGAAUUUUUCUUGCUUCUUCUCUUCUCCUGGUCUUUAUGGCUUGGAACAGGGCCAGACAGGGAGAACUCUCAGGUACUCUUGGGAGUUGGUCUGGUCCCAUGCAAGUGUGGACUCCUGCACAUUAGUGAGGUGUAAAGAGGGUGGUGUCUGUGCUGCCCUGGCAACUUUGCUCUCCAGAUGCUGGACUAGGAUGGGCCUCCUCCAGCCUGGGAGGGUCUGAGAAUAAGAUCUAGUGACCCCCAUUUAUAUCAAACCUGAUACUUUACACAUGGGCUUCUUUCUAGAUUCUUCUUUCCAUAGCUCAUGGAGCUGCAGGGAAAGCUUGAAGAGCUUUGGUCAUAUAAAACAUCCAUUUGGCCGGGCACAACAGGAUUAUGCCUGUAAUCCCAGCACUUUGGGAGGCUGAGGCGGGCAGAUCACCUAAGGUCAGGAGUUCGAGACCAGCCUGGCCAACAUGGUGAAACCCCAUCUCUACUAAAAGUAUAAAAAUUAGCCAGGCGCGGCUGGGCGUGGUGGCUCACGCCUGUAAUCCCAGCACUUUGGGAGGCCGAGACGGGCGGAUCACGAGGUCAGGAGAUCGAGACCAUCAUAGCUAACACAGUGAAACCCCGUCUCUACUAAAAAUACAAAAAAUUAGCAGGGCUUGGUGGCAGGUGCCUGUAGUCCCAGCUACUUGGGAGGCUGCAGCAGGAGAAUGGCGUGAACCUGGGAGGCCAAGCUUGCAGUGAGCCGAGAUUGCACCACUGCACUCUAGCCUGGACGACAGAGCGAGACUCCGUCUCAAAAAAAAAAAAAAAAAAAUUGGCCAGGCAUGGUGGUAGGAGCCACCUGGGAUCACUGAGUAGUAAUCCCAGCUACUCAGAAGGCUGAGGCACAAGAAUAGCUUGAACCCGGGAGGCGGAGGUUGCAGUGAGCCAAGAUCGCACCACUGCACUCCAGCCUGGGCGUCAAGAGUGAGACUCUGUCUCAAAAAAAACAAAAAACAAAUAAACAAAAAACACCCAUUCAUUUACUCAUGGAACAAAUUCUCCUGCAAGCUUUUAUGGGCACUCAGGAUUAGAUUUAUCAGCCUUGCCCCUGAGCAGCUCGUGGUCCUAUGGAACCUGAGCCAGGCCUCGGUCUCUCUAUGAUUGGCUCAGCUAACUCUCAGUUCAGAGCAGAGAGUAUCAAUCUUGUGUUUUUGCCUUUAGGCAGCACUACAUGAGACAUGGGGCCUGUGGUCCUUCCUUCUGGCGUCCCCUGUGUUAAAAGAUAAAAAACACCCCAAGAGCCAUCCGUGCUCUCUGCCCCUCCUGUGGGGACCAUGUGGGGUUAGGAAUGGCUUAGUGGGGAAGGAGAGGGCUCUUGUCCCCAGUCCCAUGUCACCCUGUCCCUUAGAUAGGGAGGUGGGCUGCAGAGAUUGGUGCGAGGAGAGGGUGGGUUUGGGAAUUGGAGCUCCUCCAAGGAGCUCCUCCUAAGAUUCAGAGCUGCAGCUGUAGUGGCUGCUGGUUGGGAGGUAAGUGCCAUCGCUAAUUUAAAAGUCCUUGCCAUCUGGAAGCAGGCUUUGUCAACAGCAGCUGAGAAAAGCGGACUGUGCCUCUGCUGGCCUUCUAGGCCCUCGUCAGAGCGUGCCUCUCCCCAAGGCACUCGGGCCUGGGUGAUUGUUGCACCUCUGGCCUUGGCGUUUCCUCUUUGCAGCACUUUGCCUACCUCCCCCAAGCCCUGAGCCACUGCCUGCUGGGGCUCCUACUGAGGUUCUGGCAACACCGCUGCACCUGCCACCCCUGGGAGGAAAGAGGGCCACACGGGAAGUGUCUGCAGGGAGAGGUGACACUCGGCAGCCUGAGUGCAGGAGAGGUGCUCAGAGCUUCAGGCAAAGGGGCCUUCAGAGGAGGGAAAUGGAGCAAUGUGUCACAGGCAGACAGGGUCAGGACUGCCACCCCAGGUCCCGUGGGAGGCCAGCUGAGGGCACAGAGCUGCCCGGUGCAGGCUUCAUGCUUUGAUCUGGAAAGAGCAGCUGUCCGCAAGCCUCUGUCUCCAAGAGGCCCGUCACACAGGAGGACCGCUGGAAACAUAUCGACACGUGCAGUCUCCCCUCCAAGCUAUUCACACUGAUUGUGGAAUCUCAAACACAAGUGUCAGGUGUGUGUCAUCCCAGCAGGCCCUGUGCUGUGAAUAGAGCCAUGUGCAGCACAAAGGGAAUGUGGCAUGUGGCCCCAGGAAGAGUUCACCCAGCCAGGGGGCAGUUGUUCAGUUGCCUGGGGCUGACACUGACCACUGGCCUCUGGGGUGUCCUACAGCCCAAAUGCCCACCUUGCCCUCCUCACAUCUCAGUCAGGGGAGGCCAUGCCCAGGCCAAUGUGCUGUCAGAGCCUGCAGUGGGGGCAGUACUUCCUUGGAGGGCCUGGGAGGUGCCGGGGAUGCCCCAGCGCUUCUCCUCCUGCCUGGCCCUGGCAUGGCCCAGUGCCUCUAGGAUCAACUUACAAUCCGUGGAACAGCCCCGGGAAACCCAAACCUGGCUCAGGACAGCGUAGGGGCAGGAGGGCUGUAAAUCAUCCCAGGCUAAGCCUCCAUGGGUGCUGGGUCCUGCGGAGCCUGGCUAUGGGCUCAGUUAGAACCACUUAGAAAGUCAGCGACAGCCCACAGAAGGCCACUGCAGCUAAGUAAACACCUGAGAAAUAAACUGUUCCAGAAGAGAUGACGUGGGCUUCCAGGAGCAUGGAGGAGGUGGCACUUGAACUUUGAGGAAACCCCUUGGAUGAGAUAAAGUGGGGGUUGGAGGUGGCGGGAAGAGGGUAACCCUGGGAAAGUCAACGUCAGAACGCAUGGCAGAAGACUGUGGAAGAGGCAGGGGAGGGGCUUUGGGGACCACUGUGGACAGAGUUCUGAAAGCACCCUGGCCAAAGCCUCUCCUGAGGUGACAGAGCGUGGGAGGAGGCUGCAGGGGCACUGGGCCUGCGUGCCAUCCUCACCCUGUUCCCCGCUGGCGCCAGGCCCUGCCUUCUUGGUACAUGUGCCAACAGGAGGCCCUCACCAGCUGAUCUUGUCACUCUCCGUGGUGACUAUGCCUUGGCCAGCUGUGGCCCCUAGUUUCUAGCAGUGUUUCUCAGUGUCCUUGGCCCUUCUGAGAAGGCAGGCGGGAGGCACACGGUGCCCUGUUCUUCCCCGUUUGUCCAGUUGCUUGCAAAGCAGAGAAUGAGUAGGAAUGAACCCGAGUGCCUUCACCCACCCUGUCCCCCACGUCAGGACAGGCUUGAGGCCUCUCUGGGCGUGAGCGAGGAGACCAGGCUGCUCUAACUUCUGAAGAGUGGGCUCCGGCUCAAGACUCCAAUCGGCCAGAAGCCCACAGAGAUCAAAGCACUAGCAAGUUCAGCUGUCCUGGCCCUCAGGCAGAACCCACUGGAGUGCCUGGGUGUGGCUCCACCCACAUGCCCCACUGUCAGCCCAGGCAGGAGCCUUCCUGGCCAGGCUCAAGAUCUGCCUGCAGCCCAGCCAGGCCAUCACCCAGCCCCGAUGCAUCCUGGCACUGCACGCUUACUCUUCACAAGCACUUAUAUGCGGAUGGCCUCCGAGACCCUGCCUCCCUGGUCUGCUGAGGCCAGGCCAGGUCUCCCACGGGGCUGGGCAGCUCCCCACCCCACCGCCUGGCACAGUUAGGUCUCAGAUCUCCCAUGUGGUGUUUGAUGUCGGCUUUUGUUCCUACCUUGGGAGUUUGGAUUGUUUCCUCUGGUGUCUUUGUUUACCUUCCUCACUGUUCUACCUCCUGGCCAGGUCUCAGCUUAGCUUCCCUGGUGUGGGGUGUUUUUCAAGCCUUCCAGCCACAGCUGUCUCCCCACAGGCUGGAUGGCUCAGGGGUGACAGGGCUUCACCCUCUGACUGCAGACCCCUGGUGGGCACAUCUCACAGGCUUCCGUCUUGCUGAGUUGAGUACAGAGGCAGAAGUGAGGUGUGGAGGAAAGUCAGAGGGAAAUCUGCUUCAGAAAGGAAGGGUCUUUAGACACGAAGCCUGGAGGGCCCUUCCCCGCCUGCACGGGAGCUGCCAUCAUGGGGCUCAUGCACGUCAAGACCUUCCCACAUCCAAACUCACCUUCCAGCAGGGAUUUUGACUUUGGAUGACAUGGCUUUAUUUGUAAAUAUGCUCUUAAUAUGCAACUUUGAGAAUAAAAUAGAAACAUCAUGUAUUUUAAAAUAUAAGAUGAAGUGUGAUGCACUGUAUACAAUUUAAUAUAUAUUUUUAGGAUUUUGUUAUUUAAGAAAAUGGAAUGUAAUGGUACUUUUACAAAAGAGAAAAAAUGUUAUUUUUACUUUCUGGAAAAAAUAAAUAUUCUCAUUGUUGUAGAAACA